AUUUUAUCCUUUAUACAAACUUAAUAUCCUUGCAGAUUCAAACAACCCUAAUAAUCUUUCUUUAAUGGCCAUUCUUCCAUUGCUGGUUCUACAUCUCCAACCUUAAUUAAAAAGGUGGAUUAAUUAACCAGCAAUGGAAGAGCCACAAUCAAGACCACCACCACCACCACCAACUCCACCUACAACUCCGUUAUCCCUCGUCAAGCCUUCUUCGAAAAAUAAUAAAAAACGACCCGUAAAAAUAUUUAGAGCCUUCCGAAAUGUGUUCCGGUCCUUCCCUAUCAUAACGCCCGCAUGCAAACUCCCUUCCCUCCCCGGUGGCCGUAUACCCGAAGCCAAAAUCGGCGUCACUGGUACGUUAUUCGGGUACAGGAAAGGUCGUGUCUGUCUCUCGAUACAAGAAAACCCAGGAACUCUGCCUACCCUGGUCAUUGACCUGGCCAUGCAAACCAACGCGUUGCAAAAGGAAAUGAGCCUUGGGAUGGUGAGAAUCGCGUUGGAAUGCGAGAAAAGUCACGAUAGUAAUAAAGAGAAAACGAAGCUUCUAGAAGAGCCAUGUUGGACUAUGUUUGUAAAUGGGAAAAAAAGUGGUUAUUGUGCAAAGAGAGAUGCCACAGAGGAAGAUCUCCACCUCAUGGAGGUGCUUAAGGCUGUGUCUAUGGGGGCGGGCGUCCUGCCCCCAAAAUCUGACGUGGAAGGACACGUGGACGAUGAGAUGGCGUACAUGAGGGCACAUUUUGAAAGAGUAGUGGGAUCAAAGGACUCAGAAACCCUAUAUAUGUUGAGCCCAGAUGGGAAUAGUGAACCUGAAUUGAGUAUUUUCUUUGUGAGGAUAUGAAUAAGAUAAUAUCAAGAUUAUGGGGUUUUUCCAAAAUUAAAUUAAUAACAAUUUGUAAAAUGAUUUGUUAGGGUUUAGAUAUAUUUGUAUCUUUGUAGGUGUGGGAAUUGAAGGAUUUGGUGUACAGGAUUAAAGCAUUGAAAGGUUCUUAGGACUAUCCAAUUUUGAUUUUUUUUUUCUUUAAUUUUCCUGUUGUGGUUGUUUAUCGGUUAUUCAUUCAAAGUUUGAAGAA